AUGGAGCCCGGCAUCGUGUACGCCUUUGCAGCGACCAUCGUCUGGGGUCUCUACCCGCUCUACUGGAAGCAGCUCAGCGACGUGCCCAACAUGCAGCUCGCCAUGCACCGCAUCGUGUGGUCGUUUGUCAUUAUCGCGGCGAUUGUUUCGUGCAAGUGCGAGUGGCGCGCCUUCAAGGCCAGCAUUGCGUCCUGGCAAAUCCUUGGCAUUUACGCUACGUCGAGCGUUCUCAUCUUUUGCACGUGGUACCUCCUCGUGUGGGCCAUCAACGAAGGGUACAUCGUGCAGUCGAGCCUCGGCAUGUUCAUCACGCCGCUCCUCAACGUCCUCUUUGGUGUCGUUAUCUUCAAGGAGACGCUCAACAAAUGGCAGUGGACCUCUGUCGGCCUCGCUGUCUCUGGAGUUGUCGUGUGCGCCAUUGCGUACGGCAAGUUUCCGUGGGUUGCGUUUGUGAUGGCGCUCGUGUUUGCCUUGUACUCGCUCGUCAAGAAGAAGGCGCCGCUCAAUGCGCUUUACGGCAUGAUGCUUGAGACGUCGAUCCUCUUUCCGAUUGCACUCGUCUAUUUGGUCGUCAUCGAGUGCGAUGGUAGCGGCGCGUUUGGACACAUGGGCACGAGCAAGGACUUGCUCAUGGUCGGCGGCGGCUUUGUGACGAUGCUGCCAUUGCUCCUCUUCUCGGCCGCCGCGCAGCUCCUUCCGAUGAGUCUUCUCGGUAUCAUUCAGUACAUCCAGCCGACAUUGCAGUUUCUGCUUGGCGUGUUGGUUUACGACGAGUCGCUCUCGACGCUCAAGCUUAUCGGGUUCAUUCUGGUCUGGAUUGCCCUUGCCGUUUACACUUUCGACGCCAUGGUGCGCACUCGACAAGCCUCCAGCAAGUUAGACGACAACGAUGUGCUCGAGCCGUCGGAAGAGAGCAGCAGCAGAGCCUCGUUCAAACAAACGGUAUAA